AUGGCUGCAAACGAUUCCGGCGAGGACCAAGACGCGCUCAACGCGCUCGAGUUGGAGGCCAAAGAGUUCAACAAGGAUGCCGAGAUUGAUCGAAUUCUGAAAGCUUUCCGCCUCGAUGCCUAUGCCGUGCUCGACCUCCAGCCCGGCGUUACCGAAUCCGACAUCAAAAUCACCUAUCGCAAAAAGUCUCUGAUGAUCCAUCCCGACAAGACCAGGAACACGCAAGCCCCCGAGGCCUUUGACCGUCUCAACAAGGCCCAGAUUGAGCUCAUGGACGAGAAGAAGCGCGCCUUGCUGGACGAGGCCAUUGCCGACGCCCGCAUGCUCCUCAUCCGCGAGAACAAGUGGACCGUCGACAGUGAGGAGCUCAAGACGGACGAGUUUGCAAAGAUGUGGCGUGAGAAGACAAAGUACGUCCUCAUCGACAACGAGCACCGUCGCCGCCGCCAGGUCAAGGGUCAGAUGCAGGAGGAGGGCAGAGAGCAGCGCAAGGUCGAUGCCGAGCUCGAGGAGCGCAAGCGCAAGAGGCAGCACGACCAGGACUGGGAGGCCACGCGAGAUCAGCGCAUCAACAGCUGGAGGUCGUUCACGCAGGGCAAAUCCAGCGGCGACUCGGAGAAGAAGACCAAGAAGAAGAAGCUCAAGCCCAUUGGCUGA